AUGGCUAAUGGUAAAGAUCAAAUACGCUUGGAUCUUCCAGAUGAUCAUCUAACAGCGAAAAGGAAUUCAGUUCCUCAAACACGAUCUGAAAAUGCUAAAGUACAAGGACGCUUUAAUCAUGCCAAAGAAAAUGGCUCUAUAUUCCGAAAAUUUACUGCUGGAAAAUUCAAUCGACGAAUUACUGGAAGUAUUAAGAACUUCUAUACCGGACGAAUAGCUAAACCAGCCAACGCACGAUUACGGUGGAAUCUAUUAUUCACCGUACUUAUUAUAUUUUUUAUAUCAUCAGCAUUUUGGAUUCCAUGCAUUCCAGCUGUUAACGAUUUUGCCUUAGAAAUAGUUGUUAUUGUAUCAAUUAUUUUUAAUGUUUUAUGGAUUGUAGCGAUUUUCAAUGCUCUCAGAUACACUUGGCGAUUACGACGAUUUGCCUCUCAUCAAAUAGACUUAACAAAGAUUUCAAACCCGAAAAAGAUAAUUGUUAAACACAUGGUUGGUCUGUGUGUUUACAAAGAGCCUCUCGACUUACUUAUGGAAACAAUAGACAGUUUGGCAUCUCAACCAAACGCUAAAACAAAACUAACAUUGGUCAUCGGCAUGGAAGACGGAACUCCAAACAAAGAAGAGAGCAAAGCGAAAAUUGAAGACAAGUAUAAUCCUUUCUUUGAAAGAAUCAUAGUAACAUUCCAUCCACGAGGUCUUGCCGGAGAUAUACCUGGUAAAUGCUCCAAUUUCAACUAUUGCUCUCGUACUGCUGUGCAGAAGCUAAGAACAGAUAAAAACUAUCCAUUAGGCAAUGGAAAAGAUAAUGUUGAACUCAUUGUAACAACAGGGGAUUGUGAUUCUGUUUUCGGUGAACGCUAUUUUGAUGCCCUUGAAGAGGAUUACUGGAAAAUAGAUGAAAAGCAAAGAGAAUAUACUGUCUGGCAAUCUCCUCUAUUCUACUGCAUGAAUCUGGAUCAGUCACCGUUCUUUGUUCGUGUUACAGGAUUAAUGAGAGCCUUCUUCAUGAUCGGAUAUCUCAUUCCAUGGAAUAUCAACACAAUGAGUAUUUUCUCUUUAACUCUGGAACUAUUGGAAAAGGGCGAGUAUACUCAUCCUGGCUAUCAAAUGGAUGACAUCAUUGCUCUCAUCAGAUGGUCUCUUGCUGUUAGACGCAAAUGUGUUAUUCGUGCCAUUCCUGUAGCAACUUUGAGUGGACCAACUAGUGGUGAUGGUUACAUUAAUGAAUGGUACGAAUGGGCUAGACAAGUCAGAAGGUGGACAAUUGGAGCUGCUGAAGUUUUCCAUUACUUCGCAAUCAAGUUCUUCAAUUUGCCUGCCAACGUAUCAAUCGUUUUUGCAGCAAAAUUCGUUUUCUAUUAUGGAUUCUUGUUGUGUAUAUCAUCUGUAUAUACUUUGAUUGCUCCAAUCUUUACCCCGAUUAUUCUCUCAGCGGUUGACCAUGAGAUCAAAGGACUGGUUAUUCCAAACCAAAAAACAUUUACAUGGAUUAUGCUCGGUUUCUUAGGACUUCAAUAUGUCUUUUUCAUGUUUGUAUUCGCCAUCAACUAUCUUUGUCAGCCGGUAUUUCCUCAGAAGAGAAGAGAUAAGACUGGAAUUCUCCGUAAUAUAUUCCAUCUCAUUAUGUCCUGGCCAACAAUCAUCAUGUACUGCUGUGUUGAACUAGUAGCAUUUUUAGAGGUUACAAUACGUGGUAAAGCUGUUUGCUCACACAAUGCUUCCCGUAAAGACAAUUUGGUGACUGAUCGAACGGAAGUUGUUUAG